AUGGCGAACCUUCAGCUUUUCCUCGUCUUCUCUUCCACGCUUAUGGCGGUUCUCUCUCCAACAGUUAUUACAGCAGCGUUAGAGCAAGACCUCGAUGACUUGGGCAAUUUCAUACAGUCUCUCAUGGCGUGUGAGAGUAAACCAAUCGUAGGCCUGGCCAUUUCAGUCGUUAAAAACGGAGACGUGGUCUUUUCCAAGGGGUACGGCAAGCGGGACUUGAACCAGGGUCUCCCGGUAGACAACAAGACUAUCUUCGGCGUCGGGUCCAUUUCCAAGUCCUUCACGGCAACCCUUCUGGCCAGCGUUCUCGCUGAGAGAGAUGACGUCACAUGGGACACGCCGUUAGUGGACAUACUGGGGCGUGAUUUCAGGUUUCAAGACGAAUUUCUGACGAAGAAGACAACUCUGCGCGACGUUCUUGCACACAGAACCGGACUGCAGAGGUUUUCCAGCGAUCUGUUACAGUUUGGGAUGGACAUAGAUAGGGCGGAGCUGGCAAGGUACUUGUUUUGA